AUGGACAUGGAUAACGAGGUUUGCCGAGCGUGUGGUGAACCGGCCAAUGUACAACUGAUGCAAGAUUUAACAGAGUUCUCGGACAUCUACUUUAAUCUCACAUCGAUCACCGUGUAUAAGUCUGAGGAUGGUUCCGGUCCGAAAGUGUGCGAUGGCUGCCGGCUCAAACUGCAGCAAUUUGAUCAAUUCCGCUCCCUUUGCAUUCGUGUGCACGAGCAUCUGUUACAGAAUGCGGAUGGGUUCCCGUCGGUUCACGAGCCCGAGAAGGACGCUGAGCUGAGUGUGGAAGUGAAAGUGGGUGUUAUUUCCAGUACCGACGAUCCGGAAGAUCUGUGGAACACGCCCUUUGCCAACGAUUAUGUUGAGUUUUGUCAACCGAUAGAUUAUGAGCAUUUAAAGGUAGAAGCGAAAACCGUGGAUCAGCCACUCAGCAACGAUGAAGAUGGCAGAAGUAGGGAAGAGGAUAAUGAGCUUCAAUCCGGUCCCGACCGGAACGAUAGUGAAAAAUUGCUAGAUUCGGUCACUGUCCCCAUCAAGGGACGCGGCAUAUUCCUAUUCGUUUGCCACGUGUGCCACACAAAGUUCAAGACGCAAACCCGGCUCAAUGGACAUCUGCGGGUUCAUCAGGGGCUGAAACCGGCGGUCUGCACCAUUUGCGGGAAGGAGUUUAUCAAGUGGUUCAACCUGAAGAUGCACAUACGCAACAAGCACAUGAACGAACAGCAGCAGCGGUUUCCGUGCGAUUUUCCCGGCUGCAAUCUGACCUACACCACUGUGGCGAACAUGCGAAAACAUCGGAAAACUCAUGACCCCAAUAAUCAUGUUAACCGUGGGACACUAAAGUACAUCUGCGAGCAGUGCGGUAAAUCGUACACCACAUUCGGUGCUCUGAAGGCACAUACCUAUUCUCACACCGGCAAUCUGCCAUUCUCCUGCACCAUGUGCGAUCGGAAGUUUGUAAACGCGGACAAACUGCGGAUACACAUGAUGCGCCACCAGGGCAUCAAAAACUUCGAGUGCCCCCACUGCGGGAUAAAGAAGACGACCAAGACUGAGCUGCGGACCCACAUUAACUAUCACACCAAAGAGCGGAAAAUCCCGUGCAGUACCUGUGGCCUAGCUUUCGCCAGCUCUGGAAACCUAGCACGGCACGUUCGAAUCGUACACCGCGGCAUCAAGGAGUUCCAGUGUCCACAUUGUGGUCAGCCGUUCGGGAAGGCUGAAACUCUGAAGAAUCACGUGAUGACGCACACGGGGGAACGGCCGCACGGUUGCACGGAGUGUGACAAACGCUUCAUUCAGCUGGUGGCCCUUCGGAAACACAUGAAAACGCACUCAUCGUCCCGUAAACGGACCGACUUGGCGGUGAAGUCGCAGCUUUCCGACAAAGAGUAAAGGUUGCUAACAUUGCCAGCAUCUUUCGGACAGGUGUAAAGUAUUACGUUAGUAAAACAAUGACGGGACGGGUUUAGUUGCUCAAGAUGUGCUACUGUAUUGACCACAUAGA